UACGGGUCCAGUCGAGCCGAACCAGUGACCGCAAUAGGUCGGCUUUGAAUUACCUUAGAUUCCCUGAACCAAGUGAUCUCUUUCAGUUCGAUUAGUGGAUUAUGUUGGCUGGCGUUUAGUGAGCGAAAAGAUCGAGAGUGUGCAUAUCCAUGAUGAAGCGACCAGCAACGGUGGCACUGCCCAUGCUGGCACUGCUGCUGCUACUACUACUGCCACAUGGCGGAGUGGCACAGGAGAAUGUACUUACCCGUGUGGCGCCCUCCAUGCUGGAGUGCUACGAGAAUCCUGCCAUCUUCGAGCGAGACAAUCGACUACCCAUGACGAUGAACAUGCUGAUCGAGCUGAUCCGCAAGGUGGAGGAUACGCCCGGGUUCCAGCAGGAUAUCCGGCAGCUCGCCAUCGCUCUACUCCAUCGCUUCCGCCAGGACGGAAUCGUGAGGGCCCCGGGUGUACCGAACAUUUCCGGUGUGCUUCCCUUCAGCCCCACUGAGUUCCAGUUCACGAAGCAUCGUGUCCUGUUCUCGCGUCUACUGCCCGGUAAUGCCGUCAACUUCCCCAACGCAACGCUCGAGCUGGAGGAACGGUGUGCCCUUCACUUUAUGCUGUCCAAUUCGAUCGAUCGGCGCGUGCGGGGAGAUGAGAACAUUCGCUGCUCGCAGCUCUCACAGUACCGGGCCGCCAGAGUUCCGCGGGAGCUCGCAGACGAGAAACCGAGUCGGUUCCGGUCGAACUAUCUCGGUGACAGUGAGAUGCUGGCGCAGCCCGAGAUGGACCGUAUUCGGAAGCAGAUCAAGAAGAUCCGGAAACAAGCGGCUCGCCUUGAGAUGGAUCCGGAUGAGGAGCUGCAUGAGGGUGCCGACGGUGAAGCGGUGGCCGGAGAACCGGAAGAGGAAUCAGCCGCACCCGUUGGGGCAGCAGGCGAGGAAGGGGAAGCGGAGGACGGAGAGCAAAGAGGUGAAGGUGAACCAUUGGAGGAAGAUGGCGGAGGUGAUGGUGAAGCGGGACAAAUCAGUGAUGUUUCGCUGGUGGACAUUGCCUCCAACGCGAUCAGUCAGUGUCCAGUGGAGAAUGGGGUUGUCCAUACGACCUGGGGAUCGGUAAUGGCGGGUACACUGUUGGCCGGUAUUGCGGCCGGCCUGGAGCCACAGACGGUACAGCUGCGUGAUCUGAUGACGCGUUCUGGGGAGUAUCGUAGCCGUCAGCAGGCACAACCACUGCGGGUGGACAACCGUUGGGCUGCCACGUUGUCGGGUGAUUUGGCCGAAGUUACGUUGCUCCAUGUACCGAGUGAACUGAACAAUGUGCGUAUCGGAGCACCGGGAGCAUGGAAUCAUUCAGUGGCAACCCGUUGGUAUUUCCUGAGUCAGCGAGAGCAUCUACAGAUGACGGAUACGGAGAUUCGAGCCGGUAUCGAUGGACUGUUGCUCGCCACGAAUAUUGCCGAGUGGCGCACUAGGGCGAAUGGGUUACGGUUGAGUCAGGUUCUUGAUAUGUACUACUCGCAGCGGGGUGUGUUCAAUGAUACGGUCCGGUCGUGCAAUCGACGUGAUCUGUUUACGACCGUUGCCCCGAUGGAGCAGUUGCGAGACCAGACGGUAGCUUUCAGUACGGUGCUGGAGAGGGAGAUGCAGAUGGCGUUCACCGUGCAGCAGCCAGCGAUUGAGAUGUUCUCUCGGCAGGCUACGGAAGCGUUGGCUAAUUAUAUACCGACGGCUUUGAAUGAUUUGACCUGCGAAGCAACUGCCAUCGUACCGAACGAUCCAACGGUUUGGAGAACGGCAUCCGAUCUCUACAUCUUCAUUGAUGCAUCAUGGACCUACCGGGACGCGUACUCGGUUGUGACCCACAUUCUGGAUUCGGUCGAUGUUGGACGCUUCGGUUCGACGUAUACGAUUUUGAACGCUCGCGAUGGUAGUGUCGUGGUAAAUACGACGCGAUCUUUGGCCGACUUCCACCUGCGCUAUACCCCUCAGGAGCACGAGCGAUUGCCGGGAGGAUUCAAUUUGCCCAACGUGUUCCGCCAGCUGCGCAAUGAAACCAACAAUCUGAUGAGCGAGGAACGACGCACCAACAGCCUCAGCGGUCGAUCGAAGAUCGCUCUCAUCAUCGUCAAUCUGGAUCGGGUCAGUGAAGGUGAUACGAACUUUGCCAUCCAGCAUCUGCAGAUCUUCCGUGAGGAGGUACCGGAUUUACGCUUCAUCUACCUCGCCAACGGUGAUGCGGGACGGUUCAAUCGGUUCGUGCGUGAUGAACGGCGUGAUGUGUUCCCAUUGCGUGCGCUAGAAUCGGGAGCUGUUGUCGAUACGAUCCGUGUGCAGCUGAGUCCGGUUAUCCAUCGGUUGCAGCAGGAACCGAGACGUGUGGUGAAUCCACGCUGUGGACAGAACUGGAUCCAGGAGAACUGGGGCUCGAACUCGAUGAACCAGUUUGUUGAGCCACGGGGUAUCAACUUCUAUCGGUUGCAUCCGAACUACUUCUUCCAGGAGGGGAACAAUCGGCGCCUGCGUAUCCAGGGUCAUGGGUUUGCACAGCUGACCGUGUGCCAUUCACGAUGGGUAGAGCGACCAAGACAAAACACUACGGAGAACCGGGAUUCGAUCGUAUGCCGGACCAUCAACACCGACGCGGUGGAUGUUGAUCUAUCGAGGGCUUGCGAGGGUCACUCGGUCAUACACAGCUGCCCACCGUUGUUCGUGUCCGUCGAGGGACCACUGAUUGCACCGAGUGUGAUCCGCUGCUCGGAGCCGGAGUGUCGUUUCCCUGAUAAUGCCCGGUUUGCCCUCAUCUUGGAUAACAUGGGAUGCUUCAGUGGAGCUAGCAGAACCGUCAGCUCCUUGUUGAUGGCUGCGCUCACUGCGCUGUUGCUCGUACUCUUUAAAUAACUUCGAGUCCCGUUUGUGUAGUAUUAGUCCCCGCGCCAAAAGUACGAUUAAGAACCGAGUCGACCGUACAUGAAUCACCUUAUCGCCGUCUCAUUUCCAGUCCACCAUCAACAACAACGAAUGACAACCAAAACCUCUUCUCCCAGUGCUACGCACCUAGCUUUAGCAAUGUCGACAAAGUAUGGGUAGUUCAAUAAAGUUUCGAAAUCACUCCUGA